CUUGUAGGAAUGGGACCACGUCCCUACAAGGGUGGUCGGAGUGAGCACCAUCCAUAUGACUAGGGAGUACGGCCCACGCUACAUGCAACCCAACUACUUUGCCCCACUUGGUUACAGGCCCACGUGACUGGACCCGGCGAUAGGAUUGUAUAAAGUAAUCAAUAUAAACAUAUUAAAAAAGUUAUGUUUCGUCCAUGUGGGAGGGAUGGGAUUUCUUCUUCCUUAAACCAAAUCAAAACUUGUUCUUCUCAGUUAGUGUAAAAAUCAAUCUCAGAUGCUAUCCUACUCUCCACUCCUCAUCUCACUGCACAACAGACUCAGAGACACAAAAAAACCUCUUUUUCCCUCUCCACCAAGGAACCCACUCACCGGCGGCGCCGCAGUUGCAUCGUCCUCUAAGAUCAUGUAUCUAGGAUUAGAUACUGUACCAGUUCUUGUUGGUCCAGUGUCUUACUUGUUGCUAUCAAAACCAGCAAAAGGUGUUGAGAAGUCCUUCUCUCUUCUUUCCCUCAUUGGAAAUAUUCUUUCAGUCUACAAGGAGGUUGUGGCUGAACUAAAGGCUGCAGGUGCCACUUGGAUUCAGUUUGAUGAGCCCACCCUUGUGAAGGAUCUUGAUUCUCACCAAUUACAAGCAUUUACUCAUGCCUACUCAGAACUAGAGUCAUCUUUGUCUGGUUUGAAUGUUAUAAUUGAAUCAUAUUUUGCUGAUGUUCCUGCCGAGGCAUACAAAACACUUACCUCUCUAAAGGGUGUAGCUGGGUAUGGCUUUGACCUGGUCUGUGGAACAAAGACCCUUGAUUUGAUCAAGAGUGGAUUUCCUUCUGGAAAAUACUUGUUUGCUGGAGUGGUAGAUGGGCGCAAUAUAUGGGCCAACGAUCUUGCAUCUUCCAUCAGUACCCUAGAGGCACUUGAGGGUAUUGUUGGAAAAGACAAGGUUGUUGUCUCUACAUCCUGCUCUCUUCUACACACUGCGGUUGAUCUUGUGAAUGAGACUAAGUUAGAUGCGGAGAUCAAGUCAUGGCUUGCAUUUGCUGCUCAAAAAGUAGUUGAAGUAAAUGCCCUGGCUAAGGCAUUGUCUGGACACAAGGAUGAGGCUUUCUUUGCUGCCAAUGCAACAGCUCAAGCUUCAAGAAAAUCUUCAACUAGGGUAACAAAUGAGCAUGUUCAAAAAUCAGUUGCUGCUUUGAAGGGCUCUGACCACCGUCGAGCAACAAAUGUGAGUGUCAGGCUGGAUGCCCAGCAGAAAAAGUUGAGCCUUCCUGUUCUUCCAAGUACCACAAUUGGAUCCUUCCCUCAGACCAUGGAUCUGAGAAGAGUCCGUCGCGAAUGUAAGGCUAAAAUGUAAGGCUAAUUGAACUUUUAUUGGUGUAUACAUUAGAAUCUCCGAAGAAAAUUAUGUCAGUGCGAUCAAGGAGGAGAUUAACAAAGUUGUCAAGCUCCAAGAAGAGCUUGACAUUGAUGUAUUGGUCCAUGGGGAGCCAGAGGUGAUAAUUAACCAAAUAAAACACUCAUUUCUGUAUAGUUUUCACAUUUAUAUCUUUUUAAGGAUGAAGUUGAGGAUCUUGAAAAGGCCCUAGUGUGUAUGACAUCCACUCACCAAGGAUCCCAUCUGCAGAAGAAAUCGCUGACCGGAUCAAUAAGAUGCUUGCUGUCUUGGAGACUAACAUUCUGUAAAUGUAGAAGUUUUUGAAAUGCUCAAUGGAGAGCCUUGAUGUUGCAUUUUAUCAUAUAUCCUCUUGUAUCUGUUUUUUCCUUACAUGUUUCUACAUGGAAGAAUUGAUUGGAAAGAAGUGAAGAAUGAAAAGAAUAUUAAUACUCAA